AUGGUCAUAUCUAAUCAGAAACCAAACAUCGAUUUUAAUGGAAAUUUUCCAAUUAUUCAUGUCCGUUUGGAAGCUGAAGGUGAUAAUAGAAAUGUAUUAAUGGCUGUAAUGCAUUUUGGUUGUCAAAUGUUUGUCCUUAAUGUUGAAAAUUAUACAAAAACUUUAUGUAUUUUGGAAGAGACUAUUAAGAAGACAGAUCAAAGAUUUGGAAGACGAAAACUGUUAUUUAUACCAUCAGCUCAAAAUUCAACCAAAAUUCGAAAACAAUAUAUCCAAGUAAUAAAGUUACCCGUUUUACAGUUUAUACCUGAUGUUUUAUUUAUAGUACCAAAUGACAAUACGAAGAACACCAAUUUAAAUAAUGGAACUCUGAAAGUUUUUCAAUCUAUUACUCCAACUAGAAAGAAAAGUAAAGGCUUACCGUUUUACAACAUUGUUCAAAAUAAUAACUUCAGAAACAGAGUUUUCGACGAACGAAUGACAAAACAAGUACAUUCCUUUAUCAGUGCUGAGGCCGAUAAUUUCAAUUGCAAUUUUGAGUUAUUUACACAUCAAUUUAUUGGAAUAUCAAAUAAUUCGUCUCCUUAUGUUAUUGAUUAUUGGAAUUGUUUAAAUAAAAAAUUCCGUAAUGAUAAUAAUUUAUUCCCGGAUAAAAUGGCCAAUUUUUACGGGAAAAAACUGAGAAUUGCUACAUUCAAUUAUCAUCCUUAUAGUGUCAUUGAUGGUGAUACGUUAGAUGGUACUGAAAUGAGGCUCGGGCUUGAAUACGCAAAGAAAAUUAAUGGCACUAUUGAUAUGUUAGAUGACGAAGAAAAUGAAUGGGGUAUCAUUGAAGAGAAUGCGACUGGUAAUGGCAUUUUGGGGAAUCUGGUAGAAGAUAGAGCCGAUAUUGGAUUUGGUGCAUUGUAUACAUGGUUCCAUGAAUAUGGUUUUCUGGAUUUAUCUUUACCAGUCAUACGUUCUGGAAUUACAUGUUUGACUCCAGCUCCAAGAUUAUUGACGAGCUGGCUAACGACUGUGUUGCCAUUUACAUGGCUUGUUUGGGUAAUGUUAAUAUCUACCAAUUUUGUUAUUGUGCUGGGAUUCAAAUUGAUUUCGAAAUAUAAUUAUGGAAUACGAUAUUUAAAAAAUCGUUUUGGAAUAGCAUUUAAGCAUCUUUUAGUGUAUAUAUUACUUUUAUCAUUAUUGGUUACAUGUUCAUAUAGUGGUGGUCUAGCAACAACGUUAACACUUCCGAGCAUUGAACGAUUACCAUUUGGUCAUUUUGCUAUUGGUAGUUACCUAACACAAGAGCAAAUUAUAAAUUUUCAAGUUAUGCAAGAGGAUAUUUAUUGGGAGCAAUGCGUUUUUAUGAUGAGAAAAAGUUCACCUCAUUUGGAAGGAAUAAAUACAUUAAUUGGCUAUACUCAUGCAUCUGGUUUAAUGUCUUAUUGGGAAGAAGAGGUUAGUCGUAAAUAUAUGAAUUAUAAAGUGCAGUUUUCAGUAAAAUUAUCAGAAACAUCUAAUAAAAACAACGAUGAAUCCAGUCCAAUUGAGAACUUCAAUUGCAAAUUUGAGUUAUUCACACAUCAAUUUGUUGGAACAUCAAACAAUUCAUCUCCUAAAAUAAUUGAUUAUUGGAAUUGCUUAGAUCAAAAGUUCCAGAACAAUAAUGAUUUAUUCCCAGACAAAAUGGCCAAUUUUUAUGGCAAAAAAUUAAUUAUUGGUACUUUUAAUUAUCAUCCUUAUAGUGUAAUUGACGGUGAUAUUUUGGAUGGUACUGAGAUGAGACUAGGACUUGAAUACGCAAAGAAAAUUAAUAGCACUAUUGAAAUAUUAGAUGACGAAGAAAAUGAAUGGGGUGUAAUUGAAGAGAAUGGCACUGGUAAUGGUCUUUUAGGAAAUCUGGUAGAAGAUAAAGCCGAUAUUGGAUAUGCUGCAUUGUAUACAUGGUUUCAUGAAUAUGGUUUUCUGGAUUUGUCGUCACCAAUAAUACGUUCUGGAGUUACAUGUUUGACUCCAGCUCCAAGAUUAUUGACAAGCUGGAUGACAACCUUAAUACCAUUUACAUGGCUUGUAUGGGGAAUGUUGAUAGCUACUAAUUUUGUAAUUAUAAUUGGCUUCCAGUUAAUUUCAAAAUACAGUUAUGAAAUACAAUAUUUGAAAACUAAGAAUUUAAAUUCUGACCUUUUAAGAAAUAUACCGAGUAUUUAUAAUAAUUAUUCUAUUGUCGAUUCGAUGUUACUCAUUCUUGGAAUGAAUGUUUUACAACCGUUUCCAUAUUCGUUAGAUCGAUUUGGAAUAGCAUUUAAGCAUCUUCUGGUGUAUAUAUUGGUUUUGGCAUUAUUGGUUACUUGCUCAUACAGCGGAGGUUUAGCAACAAAUUUAACAGUACCAAGAUUUGAGCCAUCGAUUAAAACACUGCAGGAUUUGGCUAAUUCAAGAAUGGAUUGGGGUGCAACUCAUGAUGCCUGGCUUUUUUCCAUUUUAGAAUCGAAAAAUCCAGUUAUCACACAAAUAAGGAAACAAUUUCGUGUGCACUCAGAAAAUGAAUUAUAUUUACUAACAAAAACUAGAAAUUUUUCAUUUGGCAUUGAACGGUUACCAUUUGGUCAUUUUGCCGUUGGUAAUUACAUAGCGGAAGAACAAAUUGUAAAUUUUCAAGUUAUGAAAGAAGAUAUUUACUGGGAACAAUGUGUUUUUAUGAUGAGAAAAAGUUCACCUCAUUUAGAAGGAAUUAACACAUUAAUUGGACGAAUACAUGCAUCUGGGCUGAUGUAUUAUUGGGAAUCAGAGGUCAGUCGCAAAUAUUUGAAUUAUAAAGUACAAUUUGCCGUAAAGUUGUCAGAAACAUCAAAUCAAAAAAGCGAUGGAUCCAGUCCAGUAGUGCUUCGUACAAGUCACUUAAAGGGAUUAUAUGUUUUAUGGAUUUUUGGAAUGUUUUUAUCAUUUUUUGCUUUCCUCUUUGAAGUAAUUCAUGCCCACAUACAAAAAAAGAACAUUUCAAUUAUUACAUGGACAAGCAAUUAG